AUGAGUGCAACCCCAGCUACUUCAGUAUCACCAAGUCCUUCAAUUCAAGAAAAGCCUCAACAAUCACAUUUAUUCCUUGGAGGUAUCAAUAAACCUAAGCCACAUAUUAUUUCCGGGAAAGGUUCAACUAUUACCAUUAGAGAACCAACUGGUGAAGUUAGAGAUGUUAUCGAUGGUAUGACAGGUGCAGCCGUCGGUGCUCUUUCUUGGGGUGAUGAAGAUAUCAUUGAUUACAUCAGUGAAGCUGCUAAAGAAUACACUUAUCAAUUUCCUUCAGUUAUCUGUAACGAUGCUGCUGAAGAUUUAGCUAAAUUUUAUAUUGAUAAUUCUGCUCCAAACGCUUUUGCUGCUGCCUUAUGGACCUCUUCAGGUUCCGAAGCUAAUGAAAUGGCUUUAAAAACCAUUAGACAAUAUUGGGUUGAAAAAGGUAAACCACAAAAGAUCAAAUAUUUAUCCAGAUUCACCUCUUAUCAUGGUUAUACUACUGGUACCUUAUCAUUAGGUUUCUCCAACAGAUCAACUCCUUUCACUGAAAUUUUGGCUCCAAGAUCUUUAAUGGUCAAAUUACCAGAAUAUUUACCAUAUCAUUAUAAACUCGAAAAUGAAACUGAUGAAGAAUAUUCUGUUAGAUUGUUAGCUCAAUAUGAAGAAAUCAUUUUAAAGGAAGAUCCAGAAACUAUUGCCUCAUUGACUGUUGAACCAGUUUCUGGUACUUCUCUUGGAACUCCACGUCCAACCAAAACUUACAUUUAUGGUUUAAGAAAAUUAUGUGAUAAAUACGAUAUCUUAUUACAUUUUGAUGAAGUUAUGUGUGGUACUGGUAGAAUGAAUCCAAAUGGUAAAUUAAACACUUGGGAAAAUUUCUUACCAUUAAAUGAAGGUCCAGAUUUACAAACUGUUGGUAAAACUUUAGGUUCAGGUUAUGUUACUAUCGCUGGUAUGUUAGUUUCACCAAAAGUUAGAAAUGCUUACUUAGAUGGUUCAAGUUCCAUUGCUGGUGCUCAAACUUAUUCUUGUCAUGCUUUCAAUUGUGCUGUUGCCUUAAAAGUUCAACAAAAAAUCAUUUCUAAUGGUUACACUAAGAACAUUUAUGAACAAGGUAAUUAUCUUGGAGCUGAAUUAGCAAAAAUGUUAACUGAUCCAGAAUUCAAAAUGGUUGGUGAUGUUAGAGGUUUAGGUGGUUUCUGGACUGUUGAAUUCGUCAAAGAUACCAAAACCAAAGAACUUUUCCCAAGAAAAUUAGAUGUUUCUCAUAUGGUUAGUGGAACUUGUCACAAGAAAGGUUUAAUAGUCAUGGGAUGUAAUGAUAAUGUCAGAGAUGGUGAAACUUUCAAAGGUGGUGAUUUCAUCAUGUAUGCACCACACUUUACUAUUACUAAAGAAGAUGCUGAUGCUAUGGUUAAACUUACCAAAGAAUCCAUCUUAGAAGUCCAAGCCAAAUUAAUCGCUGAUGGUAUUCUUUAG